GCAUGGUUGACUCCCCUCGUGUUCUUCAUUGUUCAAAGUUCAGUAUUUAAAAAAUACACGUCAAGGGUAUAGGUCUAUAUUUAUUAAAUGAAACGCAACUGAUGACAGUAUGUUGUCUGGCCUUGAUAAAAUGUAAAUACAUUGUGGACACUCACUUGUUAUUAUUCGCGCUGCUUACCCGUCGCUAUAGUGGUACAAUCCCGUUAGUCGCAGUUGAUUUACUGCGCCGUUGCAAAGACUGGAGCAAGUAACCAAGCCGUCAACAAGAAGUCCCAUCAUGUGGACUGUUUGUACUGCUCUGUAAAACGGACGGUAAAAUGAAGUUUUGUCGUUUGGCUGUGUUGAUAUGCGUAUUGGGUAAGUUUUACUCAAACUUUGAGCUUUUUCUAUCUUUGUGAAGCAGAGAAUCGAUGGGCCACUUGUGGGGCGAUCACUGCAGCAGGUCUGCGCUUCGGUCGACUCCAAGGAAAAGACGAUGGCUUACUUUUUAUUGUGUUUUAACAAAAAACUAUUAAACAAGACCAGCGCGUCUUUAUUGGUGGUUAUUUUAAUUGGUCUAACGUUAACCGUUACCUAUUAUUUCCAGAAGGAGAUUAAGAUACAUUUUUUUUCCAUCGUUUAGAUAGCCUACGUCUAAACUAUUUAAAUAGGCCAAAGUGGGGUAAACUAACUGUUAUGCGUUUUUGUUUUACAUGCUUUUGAGUCCGAAAUGUUCAUACUACAGGGACGCCUUUUGUAAGGCAGGAAAUGGGGGAACUGAUAGGAGGAAAAGCCGAAAGGUUUCUCAGGAAACAUGUAGCGUCCUGUGGGUGCUUUGACAAAUGACUCAGAGACGGAGAGUCAAGUGCCCGAGUCCACGUUAAAUCUGCGGGAAACCAGGUCACAUACGUACUCUACCGGCUUCACGUUAUAUUCCUUAGAUAAGUUGUUAUGUUAUCUAAAAUUGUCUGACGAAAUGCAGCGUCUGAUAAUCUAUUAAGCGCUAAAACGCAUACCUACACACCUGUUGAUUCACUUGUCAUGAUGUAAAAGACAAAAAGAGUAUGCCUGCAUAAAUUAGGUGUGAUUGAAACACAGCAGACAUGGUGAUUCAUAUUUAUCUGACGGAGGGGGGGGGGGGGGGGGGGGGGGCGCUCACCUCGACGGUGCUAUGCGGUUCCGCUUUUAUUUUUUGCUGAGAUUUACCAUGUAACGGUUGCUUUUAAACCCUCGAAUUUAAUUGGCCUAUGAGACUCAGCUGGACUUGCCAAGCGAAUCUCAUUGGUUAGAAGUCUCGUGCACCUUCUCCCCUCUACAUUCUUAGAUUCGGAUUGGGGGGGGGGGUCUUUUUUUCUGCGUAGCCUUAACAAUGGUCUGACCCAUGAACAAAAAGACAAAGGGAAGGCCAGAACUAGGCUGACAUUUUUGGAAUGUAGGAGUCCUGUCCCUGCCAUAUUUACUAUAUGUUUGUGUUAUAAACUUUUUCAAAUAGGCUACACAGGCACAAGCAAGCUUUGUAACACAGUUAUAAAGCUAAGCACAUUGGAACGACAUUUGACUCUUAUUUCAAUAAAUAUGACACACUUUUUCUGUUUCUAUGACGAGAGUGGGUCAGAGAAAUUGCCUUUGUUUGGAUUUCCGGUCUUCGGGGACUUAUUUAUACUAAAAACCCUGCCCCACCCUAUCCUACAUGAGUACGUCGAGACUUUAGCCACAAGCCCCCAACUGUUGCCGGUUAUGAUGACAACCCCCUGCUGCUUUGCAGAGCGCCCCAGCCCCCUUCAAAUAGUGGAAUUUGACCUCUGUGACCCUAGCAUUAAGCAAGAGAAGCCCCAAUUUCUGUAGCUCUCCUCCUGUUUCAUAAUCUUGCACUGCAUUGCUCCGUUGUUUGCACACAUACAGAUAAACACAUGUGUAUGCACACUCACACACACAUUUCUUUUAUAUGACAUGAUCUGAUACUGAUUGGUGAUAAAAAAAUAAAUAACAAUAAUAAUAAUUCAAAGAAAACUAUGAUAUUUAAGUUCUGUUUGUUUAAAUGUUAAGUGGAAGAGAAGGGGGCUCUUACUUCAGAGGGUCACUCGGCUACAAGCUGUUUCUUGGUUGAUCAGCAGCAUAUAUAAUCUCCUGAGCCUUGUAAACACAUGGGACAUAUAUCUCCAUGAAUCAAUUACAAUUAUUAUUCCUUCAUUUCUGUUGAAUACAUUCUUGAUCAAGUGUUCUGUUUUAUUGCUACGUGUGUGUGCGUGUGUGUGCGUGUUUGUGUGUGUGUGUGUGUGUGUGUGUGUGUGUGUGCGUGUGUGUGUGUGCGUGUUUGUGUGUGUGUGUGUGUGUGCGUGUUUGUGUGUGUGUGUGUGUGUGUGUGUGCGUGUCCACGCGCGCGUACACGCACACGCAUGUCAGUCUGCGUCUGUGACGGCGUGCACGUGACGGUGCAGGAGGAGCAGCAGUUCGCCAUGCUCUUCCAGACGGUGGUCUUGCCGUGCCAGUACCACACCGCCUCCACCAAGACGCCGGUGGUGCAGUGGUGGUACAAAUCCUACUGCCGCGACCGCACGCAGGAAUCCUUCUCCCCCAGCACUCUGGGGGCGAUGGGCUCCGCCCUCGGUGCCCAGUCCCACCUGGAGUGCUCGGAUACCAGCCGCACGGUGCGCAUCGUGGCCUCCGGCCAGGGACCCUCCAUGACCCUGGCUGAGCACUACAAGGGCAGAGACAUCGCCAUCGUUGACAAAUCGAACUUGCGGAUCGGUGAGCUCCAGUGGGGCGACAGUGGCGUGUACUUCUGCAAAAUUGUCAUCCCAGACGACCUGGAGGGCAAGAAUGAGGGCCAAGUGGAAUUACUAGUGCUGGGUAGGACAGGUGAGCAGCACGAUAUCCUACCUGAGUUUGAUGUGGAGAUUAUGCCAGAGUGGGUGUUUGUUGGAUGUGUCGCCCUGGGCAGCGUCCUCUCCCUGUUGCUGCUGGGCGUCUGCUGGUGCCAGUGCUGCCCCCACUCCUGCUGCUGCUACCUCCGCUGCUGCUGCUGUCCGGAGACCUGCUGCUGUCCACGCCACUUGUACGAGGCAGGCAAGAUGGCGAAGACUGGCCAGCUGCCCCAGACCCUCCAGCCGUCCCAGGUACCAGUGUACCCCUACUACAUCCCUGGGGUGCCCACCCUGGUCCCUCUAGCCCCUCCGGCCCAUGCAGAGCCCAAGAUGUCCUCUUUUCCCUCAAUUGAAAAUAACCUAGCGGCAGCGAGAAGUGGUUAUCGGCACCAGGCCAAUGAAGCUCUGUACCGCGUAGAGAAGGAGCUGGCUAAGUUCCCCUCUACAAAGAUGGUCACGCUCCAACCCAGGAGCCUAUCAGAGCUGAGCUCGCUCCAUGAAGGCGGGAACGUGGAUUUCAGGCACACCUAUCAGACGGUCCAGAUGAAGGCGCUCCCGGCCAUAGUGGACCUUGACGACCAAUCAGCUCACCGGGCGGCUCCGCCCACUCAGGGUCGCAGGGGGAGGCGGCUCAGAGGCAACCAGUCGGACAACGAGCUGGACCGAAGCAGGUGGAAUCCCCGCUCGGAGCACCUGCAGAGGAAGACUCUGGGCAGCAGAGGGCGCACCGGCUCUCUGGACGAGCUGGAGGAGUUUGCCCGCUCCUACGGCGGCACACGGGCCAGCCGAGGGGAUCCCCGGGACCGCGACUACGACCGGGACUCCCCCGGUGGCAGCCCCCCUCGCCGUUUCCGCCGCGAGGAGUACGCCGACGACGACGGAGACUGGCGCCGGCGCAGCCCUUCGCUGGAGAAGAAGAGGAGGGGCACGUGGGACAGCGACCGUCCUUCGCGCCCCUCCGACCGCCGCGCACGCGACGACCGGGGCUACGACGACGGCUUCCUGAGCAGCGUCCUGGACAGCAAGGUCAGGGGUCGGGCGGGGCGCGUCGGGGGUGGCGGGGGCAGGCCGGAGGAGGACAGCGAUACCCCCUCCAAGGGCAGCUCCAGGGGGAAGGGCAGCGACUGCUACUACAGCCGGUCGUCCAGCAACCGUCCCGAGGAAGAGGACUCCCUGCCGCCCUACUCAGAGCUGGAGGGGGAGAGGUACCGCAGGGCCGAGGUGAGCUCGGACCGGUACCGCGAUGUGGAACCGCCCAGCAACGAGCGCUAUCGCGCCGCGGAACCGCCCAGUAACGAACGCUAUCGCGCCGCGGAACCGCCCAGUAACGAACGCUAUCGCGCCGCGGAACCGCCCAGUAACGAACGCUAUCGCGCCGCGGAACCGCCCAGUAACGAACGCUAUCGCACCGCGGAACCGCCCAGUAAUGAGCGGUAUCGUGCCACAGAACCGCCCAGUAAUGAGCGCUAUCGCGCCGCGGAACCGCCAACCCGGGAAGUUCUUCGCACAGCAGAACCGUCCGGCAACCAGCGGUACCGCACCGUAGAGCCGCCCGGCACCGAGCGGUACAGGACAGCCGACCCGGACGCGAGGCCGUUCUCUUACCUCCCAGCGCCCCAGAGGGGGCCGCACCACGCCUUGCCGGGGGGCCGGGAGGAGCUGGAGAGAAACCGGAACCUGAGCCAUGCACUGAGCCGAGACAAUCUCAUGGUGUGACGACGCAGAACAGCGUGAGUUCCCCCCCCCCCCCCCCCCCCGCUUCACACCCCAUUGCCAUCCAUCACCUUUAAAGACUUUCACACCAAGCAGUCAAAGCAUCUUCUGUGUGCACUCAUGAAGAACCCAAUUGUUCACUUAACAUGGAAAGCCCCAUGGUGAAGGAAACCAAGGACCAUCGCUACUUGAAAAGACUCUGGCAAGGAAAUCAACGGAGAUGGAGGGACAGGCAUGAGGAAUGAAUGAGAACCGCAAUAUUGUGCGGAAAGAGUUUAGUACAGCAGAGUAAAGGGUGUACGCGUUCUGACUGAGGAGUGAUGCUGAUAGCACCUGCCUAUAGGUAUUUAUAUGAAUGAAAAUGUAGGUGCUUUCCUGCAGGUCGGAGGUUGCUCUUAUGUUCCUCUCAGAUCAGCAGCGUGACGAAUAAACAAUAAUAAUGCCAUUGCCAAGGUGAGUGCCAUUCUGUACCAGUGCCCAAUUUUGUCUGAAUCACCCCAUUUGUUGCCAAUUGUGUAUGUAUUUUCGUAUGCAUUUUUUUAUUCCAGUACAUUCCUUGUGUUGUGUUACAUUCAGCAAAAAGAGUUCACCGCACUUUGAUCCGGAUUUUUCUACAAUGUUUUUUAAUUUCAGUUUGUUUCUCACUUAAAUUGCCACAGCUCAGGUUUACUCUGUUCAUGCGUGUGUGUGUUUGCGCGUGCGUGCGUGCGUGUGUGUACACGAACACGUAGGAGUGAGUGUGUGAAUGACUGUGGGUGACUGAGUGCUUUUGUUUGUGCGAUAUAUCUGAUGUGCUUUAGUACUUUUUGUAGCCAGUAUGUAUCAUUGUAUGGUAAUAUAUAUUGAAAUGCACUGAAACUAUCCAAACCCAUUUGUUACAUUAUGAAAAUAUACAGGCCUAGGCUAUUCCAUGGGCUUGGAGUUUGUGCCAUAGCACAUUUUUGUAUUAUACUUGCUUGGAAGAAAUCAAUGCCUUCGAAAUAAAAAAACUAUGAUCUAUUCAUAAA